UAACCAUCUGCACAGCUGUACUGGUAUAAGAAGGGCUUCAGACCCUCAGUCUUAUUCUUUUCUAGAACUACAAAGCAUUGCUUAGCAUGAAUACUCAAACUACUUUGGCCAGCAACGGUCUCCCUUGGUGGAAAGAGGCAAUUGUCUACCAAAUUUAUCCAAGCUCGUUCAAGGACUCCAAUGGAGACGGUAUGGGCGAUAUCGCGGGUAUUACGUCCAAGCUAGACUACCUGAAAAGCCUUGGUGUCGACGUCAUUUGGGUCUGUCCCUUCUAUGAUUCUCCUCAACACGAUAUGGGUUAUGAUAUUUCCGAUUACCAAGCUGUAUAUCCUCCAUACGGAACCGUUGCCGAUGUCGAGGAGUGCAUCCAGGAGUGUCACAAGCGUGGCAUCCGGUUUGUGCAAGACUUAGUCAUCAAUCACUCGUCUAGUGAGCAUCGCUACUUCAAAGAAAGCCGCUCUUCAAAGACCAACCCAAAGCGGGAUUGGUACAUCUGGCGACCGGCCAAGUAUGUGGAUGGCAAGCGUUGUCCGCCAAACAAUUGGAAGGCACAUUUUGGUGGCUCAGUCUGGGAAUGGGAUGAACUGACCGAGGAGUAUUACUUACAUUAUUUCUGCGUCGAGCAGCCAGACUUCAACUGGGAGAACCCCGAGGUUCGUGAGGCCCUGUACAACGAGGCUAUUCGAUUCUGGCUCGACAAAGGAUGCGACGGCUUCCGCAUUGAUACUGUCAACAUGUACUCGAAGCAUCUCGACUUUCCAGAUGCUGAAGUCCAGCACGAAGGCGAGGAGUUUGUUCUAGCCAAGGAUUACUAUUCCAACGGACCCAGACUUCACGAGUACCUACGUGAGAUGAAUGAGCAAGUCUUCUCCAAGUACGACUGCUUCACUGUCGGCGAAUGCCCAGCUGUUGAGUCUGUGGAGCAAAUCAUUUCUUUCGUCGGUGCCUCGCAACGCAAGCUUGAUACCGUCUUCGAGUUUGCUCUCUGUUCAAUUGACGCAUCGGAACCGCCUUUCCACAAGAUGCCAAAGUCAUGGAAGCUGAGUGAGCUCAAGAAGAUUGUGGCUAGAAGCCAGUCCUUCAUCGACGGGACCGACGGCUGGAUCACCAAUUUUUUGGAGAAUCACGAUCAAGCACGAGCAGUCACCCGUUAUGGGUCAGAUGCUCCUGAAUUCAGAACUGUCAGCGCAAAGAUGCUCGCCGUCUUCCAGAUGGCUCUUUCUGGAACCAACUUCAUCCACCAGGGUGGCGAGAUUGGCAUGUACAAUGCACCUCGAUCAUGGCCCAUCGAAGAAUACAAAGAUGUGGACUCCAUCAACUUCUAUGCAGAGGAAAAGGCCAGCUCGCGAUUCCAGCGUGACCCAAAGCACAUGGACCGUGUCCUGGAUGCGCUUCGGCAUACGUCGCGCGAUCACGGUCGUCUGCCUAUGCAAUGGGACGAUUCGCCAAAUGCAGGCUUCACGACUGGAAAGCCAUGGAUGCGCGUCCAUGAUGAUUAUGAGACCCUCAAUGCUAAGCAGCAAGAAGCUGACCCUUCAUCGGUGCUCAGCUUUUACAAGGCGAUUCUCAAGCUGCGUAAGCAAUUCAAAAGUUUGGCCCUUGGUACGUACAAGGAAUACGAAGCCGACGAUGAGAACGUCAUGGUGUUCAGCAAAACUUACGACGGCGAACGAACGCUGAUUGUGCUCAAUUGGACGAAGGAGAAGCAGAACUUUACGUUUCCUGAAGGCUUUGACAAACGUCAACUCAUCAUCAGCAAUGUUGAAGGCGAGCAGGACGCUCUUCAGCCUUAUGAGGCUAGAAUAUAUGUAUGCUAGGGUUUGCUUGAACCGACCAAGGUAGCAUUCGCAUCAGGGACUUGUACAGCAUUCUCACGCGUGCCUUCUGCAUCACUCGUCUCCGCCGUCUCAGUCUCGUCACCGUCAGGUUGCCGCCGCUUCAUGCGCUUCUCAGCCCGAAUCUGCUUUUGCCACAUGUCAUAGUAUUCGCCCUUGCCACCAUUCUCUUCUG